CAUAAACAGCUCGUCAACCACCUCGGUAGCUUGCUAGCCAACAUAGCCGAAAUAUUCAAGCUAUUUAUACUCUUUCGGUGUAUAUAAGCUACUGUGUGUUAGACACACUUCUGUCGUAUCUACUUGUUAACCUAUUUAAUUUAAUAUUACGUUAUUUGUUAUUAGUCAGCUAUAGUAGUUCGCUGGUUAAGUUAGCACUAGCCUAGUCGCUAAUGAUAGCUAGCUAGCUAACAUCCCCGAACAUGAGCUCACUAAACCUCUCCCCUCUUGUUAAAGAAGAGGAGGUCUGCUGGACGGAGAAAGAAGCUCUGGGGCUGAACAUUGUCGUGAAAGAGGAGGAGGAUGUCACAGUAAAACAAGAAGUAGAGGGUGAGGCUGUUACAGUGAAAGAAGAGAAAGACGUUUCAGUGAAAGAAGAGGAAGACGCGUUCAGAGUGAAAGAGGAGGAGGAUGUAGUUUUUGGAGUGAAGAAGGAAGGGGAGAUUACUGUCACAUUGAAAGAUGAAGAGGAGGAAAUAGGAGAUUUGAUUAACACCAGAGAGAUACGGGACUAUCGUGGAUCCUCUGGGGAGCAUCAACAACCUCAUGAUGCUGACGAGGCAGAGAAGAGUCUCUCCAGAUCAGAACGCCUCAAUAAACACCUGCAGAGAUCCACAGGGAAGAGAACUCACUGCUGCUCUGACUGUGGGAAGAGAUUCACCUCAUCAGGCAUUAAAAUUCAUCAAAGGAUCCACACAGGAGAGAAAUCUAAUAGCUGUGAUCAAUGUGGGAAGAGUUUUACUACAUCUGGCUCUCUGACAGUACACCAGAGAAUACACACAGGAGAUAAACCUUAUAGCUGUGAUCAAUGUGGGAAGAGUUUUGUUACAUCUAGCAAUCUGACUAUACACCAGAGAACACACACAGGAGAGAAACCUUAUAGUUGUGAUCAAUGUGGGAAGAGUUUUGUUACAUCUAGCAAUCUGACUAUACACCAGAGAACACACACAGGAGAGAAACCUUGUAGCUGUGAUCAAUGUGGGAAGAGUUUCACUACUUCUGGCUAUCUGACAGUGCACCAGAGAACACACACAGGAGUGAAACCGUAUAGCUGUGAUCAAUGUGGGAAGAGUUUUUGUCAAUCUAGUGAUCUGACAGUACACCAGAGAACACACACAGGAGAGAAACCUUAUAGCUGUGAUCAAUGUGGGAGGAGUUUUACUACAUCUGGCUCUCUGACUUUACACCAGAGAACACACACAGGAGAGAAAUCUUAUAGCUGUGGUCAAUGUGGGAAGAGUUUUACUACUUCUGGCUAUCUGACUUUACACCAGAGAACACACACAGGAGAUGAACUUUAUAGCUGUGAUCAAUGUGGGAAGAGUUUUGUUAAAUCUGACCAGCUCACAGUGCACCAGAGAAUACACACAGGCGAGAAAUCUUAUAGCUGUGGUCAAUGUGGGAAGAGUUUUACUACAUCUGGCUCUCUGACUGUACACCAGAGAACACACACAGGAGAGAAACCUUAUAGCUGUGAUCAAUGUGGGAAGAGUUUUGGUCAAUCUGGCCAGCUGACUGCACACCAGAGAACACACACAGGAGAGAAACCUUAUAGCUGUGGUCAAUGUUGGAAGAGUUUUGGUCAAUCUAGCCAGCUGACAUUACACCAGAGAACACACACAGGAGAGAAGUCUUAUAGCUGUGAUCAAUGUGGGAAGAGAUACUCUGGUAAAAGAUCUCUGAUCAAACAUCAGAAAAUACAUGAAGGAGUUUUUUCAUGAUAUCAAUUAAACAAUUAAUUAAUGUCACAAUGUAGAAUGUUUUACCAUUUACAUUUAAGUCAUUUAGCAGACGCUCUUAUCCAGAGCGACUUACAAAUUGGAAAGUUCAUACAUAUUCAUCCUGGUCCCCCCGUGGGAAUUGAACCCACAACCCUGGCGUUGCAAGCGCCAUGCUCUACCAACUGAGCCACACGGGACCACCAUUGUAGUAGGAGUAUUUAAAUGAUGUCACAAUGUAGAACCCUAAACGUUUGUCCCCUGUUCUAUUGAUUUCAACAUGAUAUGGAUAUUAGCCUCAGGGGGGAAAUCCAGGCUCUGAAUUGGAAGAGUACUAUUUAUGUGAUUUAACAAAAAGUGACUAACAAAAAAGAGUUGUGUUACACUUACCACAUUGGUGACCCACUGGAAUCACAAAGUAGUGAGCUGUUUACCACGUUGGUGACCCACUGGAUUUAAAAUGCAACACUUCAAACUGUUUCUGCAUAUUGGUUAUUGAUUUGGACACAUUAAAACUGUGUUUUGACAUUGCACUAAUCCCAUUUAGCAAAAUGUCAUUCAAAAGACGUUGAAAAUAAGACUAUGCCCGACGUCCAAUAUAUGUUCGACGUCCGGUUGUAGUUGAAAGUUGAAAAGAUGUCUUUUCGGGUCGUUCUUUUUUCAAUGACUUGAAAACAACUUAAUUUCAACAUACUUGCAGCCUAAACACAUGGACGCAGUAAAUGCUAAUUGUCUUUAUUCCACUACUGAAGAAGCAUGACUCAAAUCACCUCAUAUUUCAAACAUCCAGCCUGACAAAAGAUACAUGUUUUAUUAUUCCAUGCCUCACCAUUAAGUUCAUUAUUGCCAAUACAUAUUAACAAAGGGGUGAAUAUUUGGUUUUGAUAUUUCAUAUUUACAAUCAUGUAACAUUUACUAAUCAUAGUGAUUCAUGCAACCAACUUGACAUUUUUGGGUACAUUUAUAUUGACAUUGUUACCCUGCUUUUAUAAUAUCAGGGUUCAUUCUCAGAUGUACUCCCAAAUGUACUAGAGCAUGACAGUGGGGACUUUAUAUGCAACAACAUGCCUAUUGAGUGAACCCUGAAAAGAGAGAGAAGCUCCACAGUGAGGAGAAGAAGCUAGAAGCUAGUGAGUUUUAGGAAGACGAGAGUUCUAGAAGCUAGUGAGUUUUAGGAAAACGAGAGUUCUAGAAGCUAGUGAGUUUUAGGAAGACGAGAGUUCUAGAAGCUAGUGAGUUUUUAGGAAGACGAGAGUUCUAGAAGCUAGUGAGUUUUAGGAAGACGAGAGGUCUAGAAGCUAGUGAGUUUUAGGAAGACGAGAGUUCUAGAAGCUAGUGAGUUUUAGGAAGACGAGAGUUCUAGAAGCUAGUGAGUUUUAGGAAGACGAGAGUUCUAGAAGCUAGUUAGUUUUAGGAAGACGAGAGUUCUAGAAGCUAUUGAGUUUUAGGAAGACGAGAGUUCUAGAAGCUAGUGAGUUUUAGGGAGACGAGAGUUCUAGAAGCUAGUGAGUUUUAGGAAGACGAGAGUUCUAGAAGCUAUUGAGUUUUAGGAAGACGAGAGUUCUAGAAGCUAUUGAGGUUUAGGGAGACGAGAGUUCUAGAAGCUAGUGAGUUUUAGGAAGACGAGAGUUCUAGAAGCUAGUGAGUUUUUAGGAAGACGAGAGUUCUAGAAGCUAUUGAGGUUUAGGAAGACGAGAGUUCUAGAAGCUAGUGAGUUUUAGGAAGACGAGAGUUCUAGAAGCUAGUGAGUUUUAGGAAGACGAGAGUUCUAGAAGCUAGUGAGUUUUUAGGAAAACGAGAGUUCUAGAAGCUAGUGAGUUUUUAGGAAGACGAGAGUUCUAGAAGAUAGUGAGUUCUAGGAUUAUAUAGAAAGAAAAAGGAGAAAAAAAUAAUAUGAUCGUAUAUUAUUAUUUAGAAACGUGUUUUUUCUUGUUUUUAAAUGUUGACAGCCAGUAGACACCAUGUUUAUAUUGUAGAAGGUGAAGCAUUGUAGAUGAUUAUGUGAAAUGGAAGUUGUAGAGAUACUCUGAAUGAUUGGCUAUGAAAAGCCAACUGACAUUUACUCCUGAGGUGCAGAUCUGUUGCACCUUCGACAACCACUGUGAUUAUUAAUAUUAGACCCUGCUGGUCAUCUAUGAACGUUUGAACAUCUUGGCCAUGUUCUGUUAUAAUCUCCACUCGGCACAGCCAGAAGAGGACUGGCCACCCCUCAGAGCCUGAUUCCUAUCAAGGUUUCUUCCUAGGUUCUUGUCUUUCUAGGGAGUUUUUCCUAGCCACCGUGCUUCUACACCUGCAUGGCUUGCUGUUUGGGGUUUUAGGCUGGGUUUCUGUACAGUACUCUGUGACAUCAGCUGAUGUAAGAAGGGCUUUAUAAAUACAUUUGAUUGAUUGUACAACUGAAUGCAUUCAACUGAAAUGUGUCUUGGGAGCACUGAUUGGUGUCACCUCGUUAGUCAGUAUGUGUUACACCUGUGCUGGCUUGUCCAUCUCGUUAAUGGGAAGGUGUUUCACCUGUGCUGGUCCAGGUUCUAUUUAAGAGUGUCUGGCCCAGUGCUCCAGUUGUCUUGAUAGAUGUGGAGAGUCAACACCUUUAGUUGCUCCACCUUUUUGGUUUACUUUCUGUCUUUAAGUUUGGUGUGGGUUUUUCUUUUGUUUGCCUCUUCUUGGGCAGAUUUAGUGGGUCUCAUGGGUGGUGUCUUUUAUGUCCCAGUUGUUGUUACUAGUCAACUUUCAGUCAACACCCCCAUAGUGUCUUUGAGAACGCCUCCUAAAAAACAAACUUAUAUUUUGGGUUGGAUAUUUUAUCCAAUUAGUGUUUUAAUCAAUGGCAUUUCCUUAGAAUGCUCAUUGGUCUUUCAGUUGUUAAUCUUCAGGUUAUUUUUGUGUACUAAGUAUUUCUGUUUAUUUUCAUUGUUUUCUCCUGUGAAGCCAUUGUGUUGCAUCCAUGUCUGAAAUGUGCUGUAUAAAUAAAGCUUGAUUUGAUUUCAACAAAUGAACCCAAUGACUGACCAAUCAACAGACCCUCCAUCU